CCAUAAACAAAAAAUUAAAGAUAACAAUUAGAGUGCUAAUAUAAUGGAGCAUACCACGUUUCCUUUACACCAGUUUUCUAAUAGUCCCCACAAACAGCAUCACAAAAUCUCCCAGGAUCUGAUUCUUGAUAAUAAUUAUGCUUCUUUGCUUGUCAAUAAUUCUGAUAAAAUAUUCAGUUUUAGUUGCCAGCCAAAUAAUGAACUACUUUAUGAGGCUGCAAAGAAUCAAGAUAAUUCUUUUGAACAAAAGAAGAGGAAAAUUGUUCAUAGAGAGAUUGAAAGGCAAAGGAGACAAGAAAUGGCUACCUAUUAUGCAUCUCUCCGAUCUUUGCUUCCUCUUGAGUUCAUCAAGGGAAAGCGAUCAAUAUCUGAUCAUAUGAACGAGGCAGUGAAUUACAUAAAACACAUGCAAAAUAAUAUCAAUGAACUUGGUACCAAGAGAGAUGAACUCAAAAAACUCUCCAAUUCUAAGCUGGAAAAUAUUGAGAGCAACCAUGCAUCAUGCAAUUUAAAUGUUCAACAGAAUAAUGGUAUUUUGAGAAUUGAAUUUACAAGUGGCUUAAGAGAGGAAAAGCUCAAACUUUCACAGUUGCUAAAUUUUUUGGCUAAAGAGGGAUUUGAAGUUGAUAGCUGCGUUACAACAGAAAUCAAUGGCAGAUUACUCCAAAGUGUCAUGUGUGAGGUGAACAAUUCCAACAUUGUAGAUCAAUUUGAGCUGAGAAAGAAAAUUGUCAUGGUAAUUCCAACAAUGGCAUGUGAUUGACUUUGUGGAGGAGAUGAACUAUUACAAUAUUCUAGCCUAUAACUUGUGACAGGAAAUUGUUUACAUGAGCUUGUUUGCAAUUAAGUUUCACAUUGUCAAUCCUCUCCCUGUCUUAGAUUUAUAUUAUUCUGCUUAUAUGUGAAGAAAUGUGUGAAAGGUUUAAGAAAAAAUUUGGAGAUCAAAGUUUUCAUUUCUUCUUUUGAUAA